UUCGACGUCGACAGCCUUCUCACGGCUGUCGAGGGUUCGUGUUUCGUGCGAGUCAUCGAACAAGAACCGACGCUCGAUAAAUGAGCUUUCUCAGGGUUAAGAAGAUUUUUUGCGCCAACGGCGCUGCGCGCAUCAUCCGAAUCCCACAUCUCACGCAACGUUACAGAGUCCUUUCGUGAGAGUGAAAGAGAAAAAAAAUCCAAACUCUCCGUUUCUACGUAUUUGUUCGAUCGUUUGCUCGCUUUGAGGCCGCUGGUCUCCGUAUGGCGCGCUAAUUUUUUUUCUCCUCGGCUCUGCCACCCAACUGUGGUAAACACAGAUGUUGAAGCCGCAGGCAGUUCGACAACACACGGUUAUCGCUAAAUAUGCAUAUAAAAACGACCGUCAUUUUUCCUGGAUCAAGAAACAACGACCGUUCACGACGUUACAAUGUUGAGAUGAAUCACAGCAAGAACGAUAAGUCCAAAAGAAUCUUGUGCGAUAAUUAUCCUCCUCGAUACGCGUAAGAAAAAUCAGGAAUGGACGAGAAACAGAGAUGCGUUAACCGAGCAGAAAUCUUCACUUACCGCACCGAUAGAAUUGACGUGACACGUGCCUCAAGAUCUAAAGGGCACGGUACGUCGCUUUGUCUCUUCAGCAGAAAAAUGCACCACGCUUGCCGGAACGAUGAAAGCGGAAAAACAAUGUCCAACCAUGUAAAAUUAAUUUCAAAUGACACACAAUACGAGAAACUUCUCAACAAUCAAGGUGUUCUCUACGAACGAGUAAACAAAAGAAUUAUUGCGUACGAAUCAACGAGUCAUUUCCAACGUAAUCACGCUGAUAGAAAAUCGAUUAUGUUACAGAAACCGACGACACAUGAAGAUGUAAUUACUCGCCGGUUAUUUAAAACUAAAUGCGAUGUAUUGAGUUGUCUAGAAAGUCCAUGCCGAUUUUUAGUAGGUCGUACAGGAUCUGAAUAUAUCAGAAUGGUUGAAAACAAAUAAAAUGUGGACAUACCUUAAAAAGUGGACAAAUUGUGGAACAGAAUGGUACAUAUAUAAUUCAAUAAAUAUAUAUCGAAAUUCAAAUAUGCAUUUGAAUUUUUCUUAAAAAUAGGCAUGAACUUUCCGGACAACCCAAUACAUAUAUAUAUUUGCGACAGAAAAUAUUCACGCAACCUUUUACGUUUCUAAGAAAAGGUAGCUCGCCUUUAAAUUAUUAGGAAGAAUUAUAGGCAUGGUAAAUUAAUUACCAUUAAAUAUAAUAUGCGCAGAUAUUAUCUACAUAAUUCUACGUGUUGUGUACACACACUCGGUCGUUGAAUUUCUAUCCGUGUAUCCUUCUAUCUUACCGAUGACGAAUCGCAAUGAUUAUACACCGUGCCGUCGCAUCGUUCAACGUCUAUAUUAUUCUCCGCGAACUUCGUAUAUUUCGCCUAAGUGCAAAUACGCUUGUCGCGUGUUUUCUUCGAAAGUCACGACGAAGUAACUUUCAUUUAAAAUAAGCGAGUGUAAAGAUCAAGUAUAAUAAGGGAUUGCGCAAAGAUUUGAAAUAUACCGCAACCAAGAAAAAGAAAAUUUGGUGAAUUACGUUGAACGGUGUUUUACAUUGCCGAUAGUUUGCUAUCUGUCAUCCUAGUAAAAACUAACGUAGCCUGCGAAUUAAUUUCAUUGUAAAAAAAAAAAAAUUUAACACAGGGCUAUCGAAUUGCGUGGCUCGUUCCUGGGGAGUAAGCGUGGUGGUUGCGCGAGGUCGGACGCGCAGUAGUCACCGUAAUGGUGCGCGAUGCGCGAGGUAGACGUAGCGGUUGUUCGAACAGCACCGAGGUAUAGUUCUCGUUCAUGUAUCGUACCGUGUGAGUAUUUUAUCGUCGGCGCGGCUCGAUUCUGUAACGUGUAAAACAGUGGAAACCGCAAACGCGUAAUGCCAACGCCCGGCGUCGCGGCACCCGUCGUCACGUAGAUCGGUACGUCGCAAGAGGAACAACAGAUGAAUAUUUGUAACCGAACGCCUGUGACCUAAUCGACGAAAAUGUGGAGCCCGACGCACGUCCAAGUGACAGUUCAAAGAGCCAGAAACUUAUUGACCAAAGGAAAACACAAAACCAACGACUGUUUCGUGACGAUCGCCCUCGGUAAGGAGAAGUAUCAAACGUCCGUGAAGGAGAAGGCAUCGAAGGACGUGGAAUGGCACGAGGAAUGCGAAUUAACUAUCCCAGAGCAAGGGAACACCGCGGAAAUAGUACUGACGGCCCUUCAUCGUGAUUUCCUGGGCAUCGACCAGUUCCUCGGCACCAUCAGUAUACCGCUGUCUACCUUUGACGUUUACGAGAGACCCAAGAAUAGAUGGUACACCCUUGGACACAAGCCAGGCAAGGAGAAUACGAAGGAGAGAGGCGAGCUCGAAGUGAAGAUCGGUUUCAUCGUAAAAGCUGGCAGCCUGACCGAUUUGAGCCGCAAGGAGCGUCACAAAAGUUCCCUCGGUCAACUAUCCAACGCCGCCCAUUCGAUCGGCGGAAGCCUCCUCAGCAUUGGAAGCUUGGAGAAGCGCAAAGGCUUGAAGAAGUUGGCCAAGUCCAUCGGGAAUCGCGUGAAAGGGAAAAGUAAACACAAUCUCGAAAAGGUGGACAAUCUGGACGAAAAGGAAGAGCACAACUUCAAAAUCACUCGGCAGCAACCGGGCGAGGCCGAUCCUGGCGUCAUCAGCGAGGACGAAGACGAAUUUACGUUCGAUGAUUUGUCGCACAAGAGCUCUGCGUCGUCCCUUAACGCUCCUGUACUCGGUGGCAACAGCAACAGUGUGGGCUCGGUAGCGUCCAGCGUCUCUUCCGGCAAUCAUUCCAAUGACACGCAUCAUUCACCACCAGCGCCAGUAAAUACUGCGCCGAGCAAACCACCCCGAUUCUCCAUGAGUUCUUCCACCACGUCUUUAUCGAAGCUUAGUAGCAUGAAAGAAGAUGAAUGGGGUCUGAAGCUUUAUGGAAAGCAAACACCUAGUAACGUCAGGAGAUGGGAGAGCAAGCCGAUCCCAAAGGUCGUGAUCGACGAGCCAAAGGAUAAUCAUCGCAAACCUUCGCCUGCAAGUUCGCCUUCGUUGGCGUUAAGAUUCCAAGAGGCGCCAGAGCCGCCGACGCCAGCACCGCGGGAAAUUGUUCAGACGCAGACGAAGGAUGAGAAACCUGCGUCGAACAAGGAAAAGAAUGUCAAGGAGGAAAAAUCUAGAGAGAAGAAGGAUGACAAAUACAUCUGUUGGAGUCCCAAGGACGAAAAGCAGAAUCGAAAGGACAAGAAAAAAGAGAAGGAGAAUAAACUGAAAGAGUUGAUCGACGAUAACCAUUUAUCUUCGGAGAGAAUUAUCAUCGGUGGCGAGGACGCGAUUAAGAGUACGACGCUAUCGAAAAGUCAUCUGCCACACGAAGUUCUUACUCAGUUCGAAGGAAAAUCGAGAGAGGACCUCAUUGAGUUGACGCUGCAACUACAGGCGGAAGUAUCAGAGAAAAAGAAACGUCUAAACGACUUGGAAGAUUACAUAGACGCGCUACUAUUGCGAGUAAUCGAAUGCUCGCCGCGUUUAUUGCAAAAUCCGUACCAGUCACAGAGACGUCUGUCAGCACCUGGACACCAAUAGAUAAUUCGCUCUUCCGUCCCGAUGUUUCCCGUUGUCGAGGUUAAUUACGCUUGGCAACGUGAUUAGUGAUAAUUGCAUAGCACACGUUCAAUCUCUUUCGAUCAGUUUAUAUUUGUUUGACUGUCUGUCGUUCAACUGACUAUCUUGUAGUACACGCGCUUUAAUUUAUUUCUCGUUUCCUAAUUAGAACGUAACAUUUAAGUAAUUUGCACGUGGUUCUCGUUGCUUUUUUUUAAUUGUAUAAACUUUUAUUAAACUUAUAGUAUUUUGUUAUCGUUCGAACGAAAUAUUUUAUUAUAAGGUUUACAUGUUUUAAAGGGUGGAGAUACGGUGCGAUAUUUGUGCCAACCGCUUUUAAGUGUCGAAAAAUAUAUGCAAAUACUUCCCUAGUCUUCCCGAUACGAAUCAUCAUUGUUUUAUCCAAAAGCAUUAUAUGUCCGUCCAAAGUACGAUCCUAACAAAAUCAAUCAUUGAUAACCUCUGUAUUUUUAAAGAUGUACGUGAGAUCUUCUCUACGUGAUGUAUAUCAUAUUUUCACAAAUACAUAUUUAAAUAAGCAUACAUGUA